AUGUUCGAGAGGAACACCAAGUCGAGGCUGGAAAGCCAUCCAGGGCUGACGGCGGAGGCGGCCGGCCUGCUCACCGACGACCUCAUCCUGGAGAUCUUCUCCCGUCUCCCUGCCAGAUCCCUUCACCGCUUCAAGUGCGUCUCCGUGUCCUGGCGCGACCUCAUAACCGACCCCGCAAACCGCAACAAGCUGUCCCAGACUCUCGCCGGCUUCCUGUACACGUCCCCCGGCGGCAGGGACCACCACUUCGCCAGCGUCUCCGGGGACGGCGCAGCCCCAUUUGACCUUUCCCUCCCUUACCUGCGCAAUGACAAGGACGAUAAGGGCAUCACCCUCGUGGACGCCUGCAAUGGCCUCCUUCUCUGCCGUCGCCACAAGAAGAACAAGGCGACCCCUUGGAAAGAGGAUCAUUUUGGUUUUGUGGUGUGCAAUCCCGUUACAGGGAGGUGGGUGGAGCUGCCCCCACAGCCGCAGGCGCCGCCGAGAAGAUAUACCCACACCACAGGCCUGGCUUUUCAUCCGGCAGUCUCGUCCCAUUUCCACGUUCUUCAUUUCGAAGAGACCUAUACGGGAUCUUACAUCACAGGAGUGAACAUCUACUCUUCGCGAACAGGAGCCUGGAGUCAUAGGGGCAGUGGGAUAGUUGAGAAAGUUACCCUGUUCGCUAGGAUUAAAUGUGUCUUUGCUGGAGGUAUGAUGUACCUCAUGGGCAAUCUGGAGGAGAUGAACGGUGAGUAUGUUCUGGUGGGGGUAGACAUGGAGGGGAAAGUGUGGAAGACAAUCCGCACACCGUAUGGUCGAAGAUUUGGUACGAUUGGAUUGUCUCAGGGGUGCUUACACUAUGUUGUAGCUUCUGUCAGUGAUUACGAUGAAAUCCAGGUUUCUGAGAUAGCGCUCUGGUGCCUCAAGGAUCGUGACAGUAAAGAAUUAGUCCUGAAGCAUACUGCCAACAUCAAUAAGCUUAUGAGCAUGACUGAAAAGAUGUACAUGGUGGCUGAGAUUCAUCCAGAUUGCGACACCAUUUUCUUGGUUUCAUUUCGUGGUGAUACCUUGGCAGCCUACGAUAUGCAACAUCAGAAAGUUGGCUGUAUCCUUAAUCUUGAGAAGAAUACACGACAAUUUCUACCUUAUGUUCCUCUGUUCUCGGAGUCAUUAGCAGAUGAAGAUGGGCGGUAG